AUGAAUUAGGAUAGAAAUCAAAGUUUGAAUUCAGAGGCCUACAGCCAUCUUGAAAAUGAAAAUGACUAGAAUCUUACGAAUUUAAUUCAUAGAGAUUAAUCUAUCCCACCUAGACAUGGAUUACUAUCGAAAUCUUUAUUUCUUUGGGUUUAUGAUACAAUCAAAAAAGGAAUGAAUAAAACUCUAAAAGAAGAGGAUUUACCACCUUUGGAUGAAAAAAUGUGCUCAUCUGAAAAUUAUAGACGGUUUGAGGCAAGUCUAAAUGAUUCUAAAAAGGAAUACAUAAAUGCAGAAUCAAAAAAGAAGUAGAUAUUUCUUAUAAAGCUUUUUUAUGGUGUGUUUAAGAGAUAAGUCUAAGUAAUCUUUUUAUUGGCUUUUGGUGCUGCAGUAGCUGUUUAAUUAGAACCUUUUUUGACUAUAUAUAUCUUAAAAGCCUAUUAAGAACCAAGAGAUGUUGAGAAUCUCAUAAUAGGUGUAGCAUUUUUUAUCUUUUUUGUAGCUUUCAAAGUUUUAGCUGAUAUCCACUUAAGUUUCUAGGAAUCUAUUAUGGGUUUAAAAAUGUUUGGGUCUUUCUCAAGUGCAAUUAUGAAUAAAAUUCUCAAUCUAUCAAUAAAUUAAAAGGAAAAAUAUACACUUGGAGACUUAUAAAAUCUUCUACAAAUUGAUAUUUAACAAGCAAAUUAAUUUUACAAAUCAAUAAUGAAUCUUGCAAUGUUUCCUAUUAGAUUAAUUUUUUGUAUUAUAAUUUAUUAUUCUAUAGUAGGAAACCGUGCUACUGUCGGAUUAUUUACUUCUUUUGCUUAGUUUUUUAUUAAUAUUUCUUUGGGAAAAAUUUAUUAAAAUUUCCAAAUUGAGUACAUGAAAGCUAAGGACGAAAGAAUGAAUGUUUUAGAUGAGAUAUUAUCUGGUAUUAAAACAAUUAAAUUAGAGGCUUAUCACUGUUUCUUUUCAACCAAGAUUAGCUAAAAAAGAAAAAAUGAAGCUUAUUUGGCUCUUAAAAAAAAUUUAUUUGGUCUAAUCUUUAGCUUUUCAGGAUAAUUUUUUUAUAUUCUAAACCUAGUUUUGUGUGUAAAAUUUUAUGAUAUAUCUAGUAUAAGUGAUCUUUUAUUGAUAACAUCAAACUAUUCAGCACUCUCUAAACUCUUAGAAGGGUUGUAAUAGCAAAUAGUUAGUCUUAUUAUUGCCCAUUCAUCAUUUAUUAGAUUAUAAAAUCUUUUAUAUGAAGAAAGUAAUAUUAAUUAAAAUAUCUACAAACAACUACUACCAUCAAACAAAUCUGAUGAUUAAUCAAUAUUGCUCCAGAAUAUUUCUUUCAAAUAUGCCUAAAGUUAGGAUAAUCAGCUAAAUUAGCCAGAAGAUUAGUUCAUAUUAAAAAUCGAUGAGUUUUCUGUAAAGAAAGGCUAAAUUAUUGCUGUUAUAGGCCCAACAGGCUCAGGAAAAUCUAUGUUACUUUAAUCUUUAGUUUAAGAAACUCAAAUUCAAAAAAAUAAUAAUAUAGAAACUUCCUCUUUUUAUGUUUCUGAGUAAGAUAUUUCUAUAGCUACACAAAAUUCUUGGGUAAUGAAAGGUACUAUUAGAGACAAUAUUAUUUUUGGUUCUCAAUUUAAUUUUGAUCCAGAAAGAUAUAGAGAGGUAUUAUAAUCAACAUAAAUAAUCUAAGAUAUAGAACACCUACCACUCCAUGACCUAACAUCAGUUUCUGAAAGAGGAGAUUCACUAUCUGGUGGAUAAAAAAGAAGAGUUAAUCUAGCUAGGACUGUUUAUAGGGGUGGUGAAUUAUUUUUACUUGAUGAUGUUCUUACUGGUUUAGAUAGCUAAGUUACUCGGUAAGUUAUGACAGAGUGUAUCAAUGGACCUUUGAUGAAAAAUACUACUAGGAUUCUUUUUUAAAGCAAUUUAAAUUAUUUAAAUAGUGUAGAUAAGAUUUACAUCUUAAAUGAAGGAUAAAUAUUAAAAGUUGGUAGCUAUCUUGAAAUUUCAAAUUCUCCUUUUUAUUAACAAUUGUCUCAAAAUUAUCUUGGGCAUUUUAAUGACGAUUUAUAAGAUUAAGAUUCUUAAGAAAAUUAGAUUUAAGAGUAAAAAAAUAAUAAUAAUCAAUCAAUUUAACCCUUUCAAAUGUAAUUCAACUAAAAUGGAUAUGGAAAUAUAUUGUAAAAUUCGGAAGAUCAAAGAGAGGGAAAAGUGGAAAGUUGGGUUUAUAAAAAAGUUUUCUAAUUAUAUGGUGGAUGCUGUACAGCAAUCAUAUUUGUGAUCCUUGGAUUGGUAUCAACUUUCUUCUAGAUGUAAUAGUUUAAUAUUUUAAAAUCGGGAAAAGAUGAGUCUUAAUCAAACGAUAAUCAAAAUGAAAAAAUCAAUGAUAAUCAAAAUAAUGAAGAGAGUGAUGAUUUCACUUCUACAAUGAUUAAGUUUUUGAUAUUUUUAGUCUUAACACAAUUUUUCGAUAUAUUGAAAACUUUUGUUUUUUGCUUCAAGAAUUACACAUUUUGCAAAGAUUUCCAUGAAGAUAUCUCAAAAAGUCUAUUAAAUGCUUCUUAUUCUGAAUUCUAUUCAAGCUAUCCUACUGGAGUACUUUCAAAUAGGCUUUCAAACGAUAUUAUGUCUGUUGAUUAAAAAGUAUACGAACUCUUGAACCCAAUUUUAUCAAUUUUAUUUGGAUGUCUUGGUAUCUUUUUUGUAUUUUUGAGUGUAAAAUUAGGAAGUUUGUACAUAGUUAACAUAAUUGCAAUCAUAAUGUGGGUUUAUUUAACUAAAAUUUAUACUUAAGUUUAAAGAGAAAUAAAUCGUAUCGAAACUGUUUCUAAAUCUCCAAUUCUAAAUUAUUUUUCAGAAAUUUAUAGAGGCACAUUAUACAUCAAGUAGUGUGUUGACCAUAGCAUACCAGUUAAGGAAUUUUAAUAGUUCAUAAAUAUUAACUUAAGAAAUCAAAUUGUAUCUUCUGCAGUAUAAAAUUUGUUCAUGUUUUUAAUUCUCUUUAUAGUUAUCUUAUUUGAAUGUACUUUGUUUAUAAUUAUGUUCUAUGAAACUUCUGUCAGUGGAGAGAAGUUAACAAUGGUGUUAAUCACUGCUAUUAAUUUUGGUAUGUUAGUAAUGUAUGCACUUCUUGUAUGGUCUAUAUUUGAAACAGAGGCAGGAAUAAAAAUAGAAAGAUGCUGUAAAUUAGCUUAUUAAAUUCCAUAAGAAAAUGGGUCACCAUUUGCAGUUUUAAGUUAGUAAUAGCAAAAUAAUAGUGAAAUGCUAGAAAUUUAACACAAUGCAAUAUAGGCAAAAUAAGCAUCAUUUGGAAUAAAAAAUAAUAAUUUAGAACUUAUUAAGAAUUUGAAUUUUACUGUAACUCAAAGAGAAAAAAUUGGAAUUGUAGGAAGAACAGGAGCAGGUAAAACUUCAUUGACAAAUGGACUCACUAGCCUAUUUGAAUUAAUAAAUGGAGAGCUUUUUGUAAAUGGAAAACCAAUUAAAGCUUAUGAAGCUUAUGAUUUAAGAUAGAUAUUUAGCGUAAUACCUUAAGAACCGUUUGUCUUUGAAGGGACUUUAAAAGAAAAUAUAGACCCUUCCCAAAAUUACAAUAAUAGCUAAAUUUAAAAUGUUUACGAUUAAUUAAAUUUGUAAGAACAUUAUUCAUUUAAAUCUGGCUUGAAUUCUAGAAUUUUUCUUAAAGGAGUAAAUUUGAGUGCAGGUGAGAAGUAAUUAAUAUCUAUAUCUAGAUGCUUGCUCAAGAACAGUUCUAUUAUAUUGAUUGAUGAAGCAACCUCUUGUCUUGACUAACAAACUGAAAAGAAAAUCACUGAUUUAGUAGCAGAAAAGCUUUAAGAUAAAACUAUCCUUACAGUUGCUCAUAAACUAAAUACAGUUUUACAAAGCAAUAGAAUCUUUGUAAUUAAUUAGGGAUAAUUGAUUGAAUAAGGCGAACCAUAAGCUUUACUGGCUUAAAAAAAUAAUUCAACAUUUUAUAAAAUGUUAAAAAGGUUUAUCGAAUGA